ACGCGCUCUGUGACCGCUCAUCUCAUCGAUGUGCUAUAUUCCCUUCAAGGAGGUCGGGAAGGUGUGAAGGACAAUUUGCGAUUUGCCUAUCUCGUCUCACUUCCAACUCUCCAUAUUCCGAAGUACAAGUAUAUCGACUGUUGAUGGUGUGCUUGUGAUGUGCGUCUCCCUUCGGAGUCCAUCGUCUGCGUCCAAAAGUGUCUGAAUGAUGUUGUGGUUGGAGGUUGCAUACAUGAAAACCUGAACCGUGAGCCGAUACUCGGAUGCUGUCAAGUGCUCGAAAUUAGUAGUCACCACACGGUCGGAGUACGCUUUAGCCCUGGGUUCGAGUACUCGAAAUGUCUGCAGACGAGCUUCGGAAUUAAGUAGCUGCUUCCAGACGACAGUCUUGCUGCAUGGCGUUGCUGUGCCCGGGGUUCUGGACUCCGCUUGUUAGGGUUAGUAGCGCUCUGGCUCCCGUAUAGAACCCACGUUUGUUUACUCUUUAGCAUCCCCGUUACGCCGUUGACUCAACGGUUUACACAGUGGAUCAACGCUGGGGUAAACAUCACGUCGAGAAAGUGCUGCUACCGCUUAUUGACGUUGCUUCUUUGGUUACCCCUUUCGCUCGAACACAUCCAUAACCACAGCAUCUGCCGGAACUUGUUACUGCUCAGCGAGGACUUGGAAACAUAACUUUUGACAGAACGACUUUAAAAGAUGAAAAGAAAAUUAACGCCGCUUGGAUUACUUGACAUCCAGACCAGAAUUAUGGCAGGUGAAGUAAAGGGGCAAGAGUGCGCUUUGCGCCAGGCGUCAUGCCAGCAGGCCACAAUGCCCUGCUGGAACCUCGUCUAGUUCAUGCCUACCAAAACAGCUCGGCAGCUAGCAUAUUCCAGUCUGUGAAAGAACAGGAGGAGCAGUUUGCGUUGCUUACGAGGCAACUAGAAGCUGAACGACAGUGUGUUGCGAACCAGCUUGAAAAGAUCAAGCUACGAGAUCGGGACGACGCCGUAAGCAUAUCUAGCGUAUCGGUGAGCGGAUCAGCGGAGGACCCUUAUGCUUGGAGGCCGAGCCAAGUGGGCAGUUUGGUUGAGGAAAGCCUAGAGACAACACCCAAGAUGACUGACUCGCACCUGCGCUACUAUCCAGAUCAGACAACCACAGAGUACCAUCGAUAUGUACAAGACGGUAGCACUCCUCCGGUGCAGGAGUCAUACUCACUAAAUUAUCACACGACCACUUCGACAAACGGCCACCCGAUAGGCGACGGCGACCACUCACCAAACGCAUCUAAGCUUGCAGUGCCUGGAGAAAAUGCUCAGCUUGUAAGCAGAACAACGCAACAGACAAAGACUCAACAAGUAAAGACGGUCACAAAGGUAAUAAAAACUCGAGAAAUACGCCACAUCGGACCAGAUGGUCAGCCGCUGGAUUAUAAUCCGUACGGAACGCACGGUAUGCCAAUGGGAGGACCGGAAUACGUAACGUACCCAUACACUAAUGCGCAGGAGAACACGCAUGGAUACGGAGCCUAUGACCCAGGUGAGCCACCGAGCCCCUCUAGCCAAGUGGGGCCGUCCCACGGCUACGACUACGGGACGUACAGCUCCUACCUUCCUCCCGGUCCCGGUUACCGGGACUAUGAUUACCGUGGCUAUCCCGGACGGGAUCCCACGCCCACGUCCGCGGUCUCGGAGUCCCCGCCCCCUCACCACGCCAUGCCCCAGGCUGCUAGGGGGACGACCCCACUGACGGUGGCACCCGAAGAGUACAACCACCAGCCUUCGGGCUACGAUGAGCUCGAUGGGACGCUAGCGGUGCCUCCCAGGGGUUCGGCAUCGGAAAGAUACAGGAGCACUCCGUCUCCUGCGCCUCAUCCCGAUCGUUACGGUACUUACGGCUACAUGGGAAAUCCCGGUGCAACUUCCCCAGCCUACGGCCCCUAUGAAGGAGCCCCACAGGGCUACCUUGACCGUAGACCGAGCUACGAUGAGCACCCUCCAGGCAGGGGAGCCAUGGGCCCCUAUCCUCCUCAUGCAGUGUUUGAGGAAGAAGAGGCGUUGGACGGCCAAUUACCUCCUAGGAAUUACGGUCCCAUGGACGGAGAUCCUCGUGGAGCAGGCGACGUUCGGUGGAGGGAUCCGGACUUGCACGAGGUGAUUGAGUUUCUCGGACAUCCAAACAGCGUUGUCCGCGCCAAUGCGGCGGCUUAUCUACAGCAUUUGUGCUACAUGGAUGAUAACAUGAAGCAGAAGACGCGAGCUCUCGGAGGAAUUCCUCUCCUUAUUGAGCUCUUGGACCAAGAAAUACCAGAAAUUCAAAGAAAUGCUUGCGGUGCUUUGAGGAAUGUUUCUUACGGGAGGCAGAAUGACGAGAAUAAGAGAGCGAUCAGGAAUGCCGGUGGCAUCCCCGCCCUGAUACGUCUUCUUAGGAAGACCCCGGACAAUGAAAUUCGGGAGUUGGUGACGGGCGUCCUGUGGAACCUUUCCUCGUGUGAGGAACUGAAGCGACCAAUAAUAGAUGACGCUCUGCCAGUGCUAGUGAACCACGUCAUUAUACCCCUUUCUGGCUGGGACCGAAAUCGAGAUCGAGCCGACCACAAUAAACCCCAAGAGAUCUACUGGACUAUUGUCUUUAGAAAUGCUAGUGGUGUGUUGAGAAAUGUGAGCUCUGCCGGUGAGUUUGCCCGCAAGCGCCUGCGUGAGUGUGAGGGACUGUGUGAUGCGCUUCUGCACCUGCUGCGUGCUGCUGUGCGGAAGAACGACAUCGACAACAAGAGUGUGGAGAACUGUGUGUGCAUCCUUCGUAACCUCUCAUAUCGCUGCCAAGAAGUGGAGGACCCAGAGUACGACAAGCAUGCACCCACCCUCCAUGCGCCUCCCUCACGAGCAGCUGGUGCUGCUCUAAAAGUGGGUGACAGCUUGGGCUGCUUUGGUGCCAAAAAGAAGAAGGAUGCCCUGGAGAAACAAAAGAAGGAAUCUGGUACCCCAAGUGCAUCUGCUGCGUCCCCGCGGCCGCAGACAGACCCUGCCUCGGGGAUGGAACUUCUGUGGCAGCCUGAAGUGGUUCAGCCCUACCUAGCUCUGCUCUCAGAGUGCUCCAAUCCUGAAACGUUAGAAGCAGCAGCAGGUGCAAUACAGAAUUUGGCAGCUUGCUAUUGGCAGCCUAGCAUAGACAUAAGAGCAGCAGUACGGAAAGACCGAGGACUACCCGUGCUCGUAGAGCUCCUCAGGAUGGAGGUGGACAGAGUCGUGUGCGCCGUCGCUACAGCGCUGCGUAACCUAGCGAUGGAUCAGCGGAACAAAGAACUCAUAGGCAAGUAUGCCAUGAGCGACCUGGUUCAAAAGCUGCCGAACGGCAACCCCCAGCACGAUAUGGGCACAUCGGAUGACACCAUUGCCGCUGUGUUGGCCACACUAAACGAGGUCAUAGUGAAAAACAGCGACUUUGCCCGUUCCUUGCUGGAGGCCGGCGGCGUCACAAGGCUCACGUACAUCACGAAGCAGAAGGGACACUUUUCGCCCAGGGUGGUCAAAUUCACGUCGCAGCUGUUAUUUAACAUGUGGCAGCACGUAGAGCUGCGAGAAGCCUACAAGAAUGCUGGCUGGAGGGAAUAUCACUUCACCACACGGACUCUGGUGGCGCGAAAUGCCUCCUCACCAAUGUCAAGUGCCAACAACACCCUGAGUCGACCAAUCAGCUCCCAGGGAGGCACUCGAUACGAGGACCGCACCCUGCCGCGUGUUGCUCGCGAACUCAACCAGCCUCCAGUGAACAUGCCGUACAGCCGGUCUGAGGAACUUCCGUUGAGUGAACUGAGUCACGCGAUGGAACCUCAACCUGGGUCGCCGCAGCAACACGUCCCUCAACAACCGCAGCAGCUCCACAGACCUCCCGUUGGUGGUGUCCCAAUCUUUCCUCCGGGGCCUCCACAAAUGCCACCUGAGCCUGUGUAUGCCCAGGUGAGCAAGAAGAAGGAGCGGCAGAACGACCAACCUCCGUACUACCUGCCCCUCGACCAGCAAAACGCCGCGGGGGACUCUUGGGUCUGAUUUUGCGUGCCGGGGGAAUGCCGGUGGUGCCGAGAUUGAGCCUCUCGCCCUUCGCUCCUCGUGGCCAGAGCAGAAGAGCUGGAAACCAAAGUAAUGCCCUUUCGUUUUUCACGGGAACGAGAAAAAAAAAAAAAAAGGACUGGCUCCAGGAGCUGGAAACCUGAGCGAAACUGGGGAAGUCAAGACCAGGUCUAAACCCAAGGAAGAGAAAGAAGAAAAAGUGUCUGUUUGCCAACCUUCUCUUUUUUUUUUCUUCUUCUUCUUUUCUUUUUAUUUUUUUAUUUUUUCUGCUUUCUAACAGCCAUUCACACUCCCAAAAAUCCUGCCAGUGCCAAGACUUUUUCGCAUUGCCCACACACACACACACACACUGUCCCUUUUCCAUGGUUUCGUGAGGGAACGAAGAAAUAGCGUCUUUCCUGUCUGCCUCAAACUCUUCUUCUGCCACAUUUUUGGGCCGUCGUUUCACGAAGGGAAUGCAUUUUGAACGGCAGAACCUCAGGUCAUUGCUCAAAAGAAAGAAAGAAAGAAAAAGAUGUGUCGCGUGUAGCUCUUCUAACCGUGAAGCUUUUUACUACUUUUAAGUAAGGAUACCCCCCCGUAGAAGUUGUCCGCGCACGUGUUAGGCCUAGUAGCGUCGCUUCGACCCGUGUCCGAACACGAGGGUGGGGAAAAAAGUUUUUAGGUUGGAUGAGAGGCAGCACGUACUUCAGCAAAGCUCUCUGUCAUAUUCAGAGGCAACCACUUUUUAUUUCCAUUUCAACCUUCCCAAGGUACGACAGGUUUUACGAAUCUUUUUUUUCUCUCUCUCUCUCUGUUUUUAGCAUUUACAAAGGCGAUGCGAGCUCCACUCGGGAGUAGAGUCGUUGCAGGUGUUCGGAGAUGUGCGUAAUAAUCCCACUUUUACUAGUAUUUAAGGCCGUUGAUUUGACUUGACUUUGCCCGUUGGCUAUGAUUUCGCUGGUAGCUAUUUUUGAACGCGGACGAGCGUUGUACAGUUCGGUGUUUUAUUGAAGUCGCGCAUCAUCCCUUUUACGAUGUGCAUGUGUGCGUGCGGAGAAUAUAUCAUUACAUUCCAGUUUUUCUCACGAGCUUUUAGUGUAAAGUGUCGCGCCCCCUCCCCCCCCACCUUCUGUUACACAUGAGCAGCUUCCUCGUUGUUAAAAAAUAGAGAGUUUUGAUAAGUUUUAUAUUUUAAAAAAUGAGAGGUGUACAUUAUUUGAUUUGUGUACAUUGUACCAGUAAGACAUGUAACUUCCAAAAUAAAGGUGAUUUUGAGGACCAAG